AUGAAAUCAGGCAUAUUUAUUUUAUUACUUAUUGGGAUAAUAAGCAUUGCAAGAUCCGAAGAAGAAAAAUGUAGAUGUGGUUGGAAAAAUCCGUCGAGAAUCGUAAAUGGAGUUGAAACAGGUAUAAAUGAGUUUCCCAUGAUGGCUCGUAUUCUAUAUCCGUUGCCAUAUAAUUAUUGUGGUGGAUCUAUAAUAACACCAAGACAUAUAUUAACAGCAGCUCAUUGCGUUGAACUAUUCAUAAAUAAUUUGAACAGUCUAACAGUCGUCGUUGGUGAACACGAUUACACGAAAGAUAAUGAAACAAACGCGAUGAAACGUUAUUCCGUCGAGGAAGUAACCAUCCAUCCGGAUUAUUGGCAACAUUUUAAUGACAUUGCAAUUGUUAAAACAAAGGAGAGAAUUGAUUAUUCGAUGCAAGUUGGCCCAGUUUGUCUUCCAUUUAAUUACAUGGACAAAGAUUUUGUUAACGAGACUGUAACGGCAUCAGGUUGGGGUAAAUUGAGUUAUCAUGGUGAAAAUUCAAAGGUUUUAAGGAAAGUUGAUUUGCACGUUAUUACACCGAAGAAAUGUUCUGAUAGUUACAGAUUUUUUUACAGUCCGAAAAUGAUUUGUACGUUUGAUGUUGGAAAAGAUGCUUGCAAAAACGACAGUGGUGGUCCAGUUUUAUGGACAAGUCCAACUACUGGUAAUCUUAUACAAGUUGGUGUAAUUAGUUUUGGUAGAACCUGUGCCGAUGAUUAUCCAGGUGGUAACAUGAGGGUCACCAGUUAUAUGGAUUUUAUUGAAAAAGCUACAACCGGUGAAACAUACUGCAAGGCGGAUUAAAGAGAACACAUUGACAACAACAACAAAAUGAAACGCACGUAGCCCAAAGAAUUCGGUGUUUUGAAUAAAUAAAAAAGAAAACAAAGAAAAUUGAAAAACUUAAAAAGAUGCCCGAAAAAAAAGAGAUUAUUAAAAGAGAAAAAUUGGAAGUGGGUGUUUAACAAUCGAGGUCACGACCCUGAUCUGCUUUGCGCUCGAUAUUCUCGAUCAUGCGUUUAAGGUUCCGAGGAGGAGCAAAUAGGGUCCGAUAGAAACUGCGUGGCAUGAUUUAACACUUAUUCCGACACAUA